GGAAAAUAAGUAUUCUCAUUCCUAAUUAUCAUUUUCAAGGUAGUUUCUCAGUUUUGGAUAUUUUCACAGAUGUCUGAAUGUGCAAUGGUUCUUGAUUCUGUUGAUUCCUGCGGAAAAUGUCCUACUGAUAAAAAUAUCCGCUUACCUUCAAAACGCCAUUACCGUCAAAGAGCUCAUUGUAAUCCCUGGUCAGAUCAUACACUUGAUUAUCCCUUAAAACCGGAAUUGAUGGAUUGGGAGAAGUUAUUUGGAGGGAACCCAGCAUCUUCAUUGUCUGUGAACAACAACUCUUUUGAUCCUAUUGUUCGAUUUUUAGAUGUGGGUUGCGGCUAUGGUGGAUUGUUGUUUAAUUUAUCUACUUUUUAUCCAUUUACCCGAAGUGUAGGCUUAGAAAUACGUUUGAAAGUUUGUGACUUUGUUCAGGAAAAAAUUAAAGCAUUGCGCGCGAAGCAUUCUGGUCAGUAUAAUAAUAUAGCUUGUAUUCGUACAAAUGCGAUGAAGUUUUUGCCGAACUUUUUCCAUAAAGAACAAUUACAUAAAAUAUUCUUUCUUUAUCCAGACCCUCAUUUUAAACGUGUUAAGCAUAAAUGGCGCAUUAUUUCUCCUACUUUAUUGGAUAUAUACGCUUAUCUGUUGAUUCCUGGGGGAAAAAUAUAUUCGACUACUGAUGUACCUGAUCUUGGUAAAUGGAUUGUGGACUGUUUAUGUGCACACCCACUAUUCCGUCCAGUUUGUCAUGUUCACCUCAGUCCAGCAGUUGAGAAAAUACAAGGUGCCAAUGAACUACUAAAGAUAUCUACUUAUCCGGAUAUAUUUGAAGAAAAUUCUCAUUUUGUCAAAGAUUCCGAAUCCUUCCAGAUACCUAAAGAAUCAGACCCGGUAUUGAAAUUAUUGGAACAAGGUUGUACAGAAGAAGCUCACAAAGCCUGUAGAGAAGGUCGGGAAACAUUUCUAAUUGUAUACGAACGUAUCUCUAACCCUUAAGUGUAUAUAAAUGACCGUUCUUCUUACUCUAAUAAAGUAUAUCAUUAGC